AAUGUGACAACGCGCUGUUACCAGAUAAUUUGUGUAUUCGCGGCUGGUCACUCUGAUUGGAACGUUUUUCGCAAAAACAGCGGCUGAGCAUUGAAGUUUUCUCGUGUUUUUCGCUAUCAAACCGAAAUAAAAACAGCCCAGAAUGUCCUUUGUCAAGAACGCCCGUUUGCUGGCCGCCCGCGGCGCCCGUUUGGCCCAGAACCGCAGCUACUCGGAUGAGAUGAAGCUGACCUUCGCCGCCGCCAACAAAACCUUCUACGAUGCCGCUGUGGUGCGCCAAAUCGAUGUGCCCUCCUUCUCGGGAUCCUUCGGCAUCCUGGCCAAGCACGUGCCCACUCUGGCUGUCCUGAAGCCCGGUGUUGUCCAGGUGGUGGAAAACGAUGGCAAGACCCUCAAGUUCUUCGUCUCCAGCGGCUCCGUCACCGUCAACGAGGAUUCCUCCGUUCAGGUUCUGGCCGAGGAGGCCCACAACAUCGAGGACAUCGAUGCCAAUGAGGCGCGCCAGCUGCUCGCGAAAUACCAGUCACAGCUCAGCUCCGCUGGCGACGACAAGGCCAAGGCCCAGGCUGCCAUCGCCGUGGAGGUCGCCGAAGCGUUAGUCAAGGCUGCCGAAUAGACGUAAUCACCACACAACCGCCACCAAUAAACCACAAUCGAUGCUUUGUGUCUGAAAUAAAUAAAACAUAACGAUCACCUUAAAAAGCCAGAGAGUUAUGAAACAAUAAAAAGCGAAUCAUAAUAUCGUAUUAAUGACCCGUGAUCCACCA